CGUUCUUUGGCUCUUUGCUCCACGUGGUGCGCGCGUCAGGGGUGGGAGCCAACGUGGACCCGCGAAGAGUGGGGCAAGAUUUCAAAUCAGUAUCAUUCGGAAUGCUUUGCGGGAUGUGACAGAAUCUGAUACAGUUUUCGUGGAGUUUUCGCGAAGUUUUACACCGUUACUCAAUUGUGAUAGAUAUCUUUAAUCAAAAACAGUAGAUAAUGGAAAAUUCAGCAUACGUCCCUAAUUCCGCUCAUCUGAAUUCUCCGGCAUUAGUGGUGUUUUCCCAAGCCGCCGGAGGAUUGCAAGACGCCCUAAGAAUUCAAAGGCCCUUUAAUCCACAGUUUGCAAUGACAGAAGCAUCCAAGGAUCUUCACAGACCGUUCACCGCUUCGUCUUUCGGUCUUCGACACAUGGAAGCAUAUUCAGGCAUUCCGGCCCACAUCUUGAAUCACCUUCAACCUCAAUUUUUACACCCAGGUCUAACCUUAGGCUCCGGAGCCUUUCGACCCUUAACAGAUCUCAAAUCUUUCUCUUCUCCUUCAGCUUUCGCGCCUCCAAAAUGUCUCAAAAUCGAGACUAAUAACGAAGGUAUGCACUCUAGUCAUAAUCACGCUAUUUUUUCUCCUUCGGAGGAGCGUCUUUUGGGGCCUAGUCCCAGGACUGAUUCGUGUAGUCCUGCGAGUGCGUCUAUGUCCCCGCAGCCACAAACUGCGGUUAAAGAAGAAAGUUUGGAUGCACAGAUGUCUGAGGAUGGGGAAACGCAGGGCCAGGGUACAGGAAGUGAUUCCCCAGGUGUGCACGAGGACGCCAGAGGAUUUCGAAUAGGUCCGCUUUUUGGAGGAAGUUUUAAUGGAAAUGGACCUUACACAUUUACAGUACCAGGUCUUCCACCAGCAGCCCAUGCACUUGCCAAAUCGACUUUUCUUUUCGACCACGGAUCCGAACAAUGGCAGAAUUUGCGACUAACAUCUUCAAGAUUUGCAGACUUUGUGAAAAAGAAAAAACGUGAUCCUUCUAGCUGUCCUAUUUGCGGUCUCACGAUAUCCCCCGGAGAUUUGGAAUCUCACUUUAUGCACGAACUUGAAAGGCUCUACAAACUAAGCGGAUCAGGAAUAGCAGCUUCAAGGAAAAGAAGCCGACCAGAACCUGGCAGACCACCAGCUUUACCUGGGGAUAGCGGCCCUGAAGGAAGAUGGGAGACCUUUCAACGAAUUAAGACAAAUAGGCAAGGACGUCUUAGAAUCAAGAUUCGCAAGAGGAAAGGUGACGAGAUAUGUCCAAUCUGCACAGGUCAUCCACAAAGAACUCUAGAAGAAAUUAAUAUGCACGUGGAACGAUGUGUUAGAAAGAAUGUAUUACAUGACGAAGACGAAACUGUAGAUGUUGAAGGUGACUCCGAAUUAGAAGAAUGGCACGAAUCCCAAAGAAGAAGAACCAGUUCUUUGGUUGGUGGUUUAACGAUACCAACAAGUACAGGCAGAACGGAAGUCGACAACGAAGGAGAUGACGUCAUAGUAGACGGGGACGAGCCUGAAGAAAGUACAUUCGGUCCUUCCCAGUACACAGAAAAUGAUGUAGUAUUAAAAGAAAAUAAAGACAAGGAAGGAGCACAAUCGCAGGUAGCGACAGUUAAUUCAAGUGUAGAUGUGGAAGUGAAGGUGGAAAGUGGAGGGCAACAAUGCGAUAGCAACGUGAGCACCUCAGAUGCCGAACCGAGCAGUAGGGCACAAAUGAUCGAAGAACUUAGGAAUAGGAUCAAACAAUUAGAAGCUGAGGGAGGAGGCGAACCAGCUAGUAGCACGGAAACGGAAGAUUAUAAAUGUUUAAUUUGUCUGGAACAUUACAAAAAACCUGUUAUUUCGACUGUUUGUUGGCAUGUACAUUGUGAGGAAUGCUGGCUUCACACUUUGGGUAGCAAAAAGGUGUGUCCUCAGUGUAGUAUGAUAACAUCUCCCACUGAUCUCCGAAGGAUAUUCAUGUAAAAUAACUAAAUUUAGAUUUAAUACAGAUUGUGUAAAUUCUCUAAACAUAAGCAAGAACGGCGGCACUUAAACUGUUCUACAGGGUGUUUUUAAAUAUCUUAUUGUUUUUAACGAUCUGAGGUUUUCUAUUUGCACAAUUCUGUCUUAAAUUUAGUAGAAAAUUAUUUUCGAAACUAACUUUAUAACGUAGUUACAAGGAAUUAAACUAAUAUAAGAACAAAACAGCAAAUUUAUGAUUCAAAAAUGAGCUAAACUAAACCUACAACAAAAAAUUCAAAUAAUACUGCAGUUAACAUUCUGUGGAAUUGUAGAUAUUCGACAUCAAAAAAUCAUUGCUUUAAUUUGUGAGUUAUUCGUAAUUAUUUGAACCAAGCAUUAAUUGCAACAACAAUUAGAUAACAUUUUCAUAGGUUGGCCAUGAAAUUAUUAAAUCAAAAGUAAUUUUUAGAAAAACAAUUUUCAUGAUAAUUUAGACUCAUCCUGAAACACCUAAAUAGUUAAGAUUGUUCUUUGUUGUUUUAUUCCACCUAAGUCAGUAUCCCUCGUAGUAAUAUGCCGAUUCUCAUUGAGAAUUAGGUACACUUAAUUUACUUUCUUCAUUUACAGUAGUUUUUGUUUGAUCAAAUUUCUUGCAAUCUACAUCUCCAGUCCAUUGGAACCAUUCUAGUAAACUUUGAAAAGCCCCUCUUUUUGUUUGUCGUCUAUCAAGGAAUUUCUGAUGAUACAUUCUUUUUGAUAGAAGCGCAUUUUUAUACACUCUUCUAGCAUAAAAACUAUAUCAAUCAGUUCCUUGUUAGAAAAAUAAUCUAAUAUAAAAGUUUUAACAAGUUUAGUGUCAAAGUCACAGCCAAGUGUGUGUUUUUAUUAAUGUUUUCCACACCAACAAUUUUAGCUACUUAGGUAUUUUGAUAUCGUAUCCAAUAUUAACAAAUUAUAGAUCAGUUUAGAUUAUUAUGUCUUUUUUUUCUAAAAAUUAUUUUUCUUCUUCUUCCCCUUUAUAAGCAAUUCUGCUUGUUCAUUGGGGGGUUCAUGCUUCUAUGGAAGGUUGUCAGUCCAUCUUUUGCGCGGUCGGCCAAUACUUCUUCUACCGAUUGGUGAUUUAUCUCUUGCUAUUUUGACCACACGUGUCUCACUCAUUCUGGUUAUGUGAUUAUUCCAUUCUUUUUUCUAUUUAGUGUCCAUUCGUUUAUACACUGUACGUUACAUUAUUUUCUAAUGUCUUCACUCCUCUUUCGAUCUCUCAGUGUAUUUCCUGGAAUUCUUCUCAGUACUCUCAUUUCUGCCGUUUCCAGUAGUCUUUGUGUUGUCGCUUUUUCGGCAGAUCCGGAUUUAAGGCAGUGGGGGCCCCUGGGCAAAAUUGGUGUGGGGCCCUACCUCCUACAAUUAAAAAAUUGUUGUUGUAACUAUGGUAUGUAGCUAACUACAGGGUUUUCUCGUUUAGAAAUUUAAAAAAAUGUUGAUCUACUUUUACAAAUAUAUUUUUAAAUAAUAAAAAAUACAAGAACUGUAAUUUGUUUUUUGUUACAGUAAAACAUUAAAAAUAAAACGUAGUAAAAUAUAUGGUUAAUCCCGGGUACUUUUCGAGAUUUUUUCAUUGAGAAUUCUUUAAUUAUGUCGGACAUGUUUGGUUGCUUUAGGACAUCGUAUUCAAUGCCCAUUAUAGAGAGAUGAUUCAAACGCUCUUGGCCCAUCAUAGACCGAAGUCGAUUUUUAAUUAACUUAAAUUUUGAGAAUAACCUCCCUCUACUGCAUUUAGUUAGCAUCAGAACUAUACAAACGAAGUGUCACCACAACAUUUGGAAACGUAUCAUUCACAUUCUUUUAGCAGUCGGUACAUUUGAAGUUCUUUAUUUAUAAUAUUGAUGAGCUGAUUUCCUCUUUAAAUGAAUUGAAAAAAUUCUACAAAUUGUACCAAUUCAAAAUUUAGGUUUUCAUCUAAAUCAUUGCUAUCAAUGUCGGUAAGCUUGAGUUUCAUUGGAAGUUAAAUUUUCCAAAUAAUGUAAAAAUCCAAAAUUGGAAUGAAUGGCCUCACAUGCAGAAAGCCUCCGACUUAAAGAGGAAAUGAAGUGAACUAUAACAGCGAUUAAAUUUUGAAUUAUAAAUUUCUCUGAUGUUGCCAUUUCAGUCUCUGAAAUAUUAGAACUAAUUAAAAGAAUAUAAAUUCUUUAAGUGAUCUAAGUGCCGCCACUCCUGAAUUAAGAUCAAUAUUUGGAUCUUGGAGAAUACGACUUGUGCUGUUUGUCCUCUUUAAGAUUUCAUUCCAAAAUAUUGCAAAUAUUCUUGUUUCCAGUAAACACAUUCGAUUAUACAAACCAUUUGCAUCGUUACGAGUUUCAAAUUGUUGCUCAUCGUCUUACGAAAUUUUGGAUAAUGCUUCUUUGAUCUGAUUAUAACCUUCAACUAGUUCUUUUUCGGCGUCACUUCUAGAUGACAAUCUAGUAGUAGGUAUUUACUAGGACGGUUUUAAACAUUGGAUUAACAAGUUGUAUCUAUAUGUAGACGAAAAAUACAUAUAAUUCAUAAUAUAGUCCAUCCAGGAAAUCAAAGAAUGCUAUGGCAGCAGGACAACACUCAGCUGCAGCUUUUGCAACUAAAUUUAGAGAGUGGGCGGCACACGAAAUCCACAACGGCAAUAUACUUAUGUUAUGUAAUUCCAGCCUAACACCAUUGUAUUUUCCACUCAUGACUGACGGGUUGUCCUUGGACCGUCCCCUGCAGAUUCUCAAAUUGAUAUCAUCUUCUUGCAAGAAUGCCAUUAGAAAAUUAAAUAUAUCUUCUGCUUUAUAAUGACCGUGACUUAGCAAAGAUACAUUUUCAACAGGAGAGAAACCUUCCAUGUAACGAAAUAACACAGUUAAUUGAUUGACAAAAAUUAUUCUAUGUGAAUAAUGUGCUGAUAUUUUUAAGUUUGGGACUUUGUGGGGGCCCCAGAAUGUGGGGGCCCCGGGCAGCUGCCCAGCCUACCCCCUUAAAUGCGGCCCUGUGUAUCGGGUCUUGUUUCUGAUGCAUAUUUCAUUAUUGGUAUUACACUGGCUUUAUAAAUUCUUGACUUCAUCUCAGUGUUAAUAUGUCGGUUUCGCCAUAUAGUGUUAUUAAGGCAUCCUUCCAGUCUAUUUGCUUUUUGUACUUGAUUUAAAAAAAUUAUUUUUGAUUUAAUAUUCUCAUGGUCCACCUAUAAGAUUUCAAAUAAAUUGUUGCUGCAAUUAAUGUUUCACUCAAAUAGUCAGAAAAUACUCAUUCCAAGUUUUGAUCAACCCUGUAUACCAAAAUUAAAUAUAUCGAUAUUUUAAUAGUUUUGGACACUAGUAGACUAUAUUAAAAAUUGUUUGAAUAAGAGUAGAUUUUUUUAUGUCAAAUCUCUCCAAUUCUACAGGAUGUAUUGCUAUGAAAUUAAUGAAAAAAACGUAAUUAUUUUUUAAACUACCUGGUACAACAUUGUAAAACCUUAUAUUAAAAAAACAAGAACAUCGAGCCGAAUUCAAAAAUAUAUAGGGUGUUUCAUUAAAAAAAAAUAAGCCGUCAAUACAAUAAUCCAUGCUCCAAAUUUUACCUUAACAAUUUUUAUCGUAUCUCGUAUCACUUACAACAAAUAAGUAAUUGGUGUUCCUGAACUAAUGCCGCACCCUGUAUAAACACAGGAAUUCUCGAACUCAAUAAUUCAGAAGUUUAUCAAGUGUUUAAGUAUCUAGUCUUGGCUGCUUACGAUAAGAUCGUAAAAAGUCUUAAUGAAUAAAACUUGCAUAAUACCUACUAUACGUAUUAUGCAAAAACAUACGUUUAAUUAUGGUCAUUAUGAUGCAAGUAUGACGGCUACGACAUGAGCCGCGAAGCGUCGAGUGUUGUAUAGAAUACGAGCACCAUAAUGACAAUUAAAUGCAAGUUGUAUUUUGAUUUUGAUGCAGUUCAUAUUGAAAUCAUAGAUUUGUGAAACGCCCACUUUGAUAUAAUACGUUAUACUGAACUGCCAACGCUUUUAUCACUAUACGUUCUUGUACUACUUAAUUAUCAAAUAUUAUAUUUUUCAUAGUAGUAAUGUGUAGGUACCUAUAAAGUAAGUUUCGAAAGGUUUUCUGAGAUUGAAAACGUUGAAAUAUUGAAAGCACCGUACUUAUACUAAAUAAAUGCACUAUUACUGAUAACCAUAGCUUAGCUACCCAAACAACAUGUAUUCAUAAACUAAGAAACGUACGACACAGUUACUGUUUGACGCAAAAAAAUACAAUUUUUAAAGUUCUUUAUUUUUUAACAUAAAUUUAAAAAUACCUAGUAUGUUUAUACCUGAUAUCUUCAUAAUACCGGGUGUCCACUUACAUUUUCCCCCAUUUUAACUGCCUAUAACUUCUAAACGGCUUAAGAUAGAAAUAUGCGGUUUUCGAUGAAAUGUUUUAUUUUAGUAAAAGUUUUGUCUGAAUGAAUUGAAUUUUUUAUAUCGCUUUCAAAUACGAAAAGAAAAAUGGCGGAUUUUUGAAAAAAACGUUGUUGACUUUUUUUUAAUGCAACACCCAGUAUAUUUUUUCGUAAAUUAAAACCAAGGUCAUUCACCUAUCCAGCGAUAUAAAGUUUUUCACAAUCGGUUGUCAAAUCACUGAGUAAUUAAUUUUUAAAAUGGGCGGUGCAACGUGGAUAUCACAUACCUAAAUAACAUAACUAAACAAAAUGAUAUUAUGUUAUGUCAUGAAGAGAAGUAUCCAUAUUACUCAAAUGUGGUCUCGAGGUAACCAGUUAAAAAAAACUCGAAGAGGUACCACAAGGUUAUUUAUUAUUGUUAAAAAUCAUAAAAGGACGCGUUUCGGCUUUUACA